UUGGAGCUCGCCGGUUGCUGCUGCGUUGUCAUAGGGUUAGCUGUAAACUUAAUGAGAGUUAUCAUAAAGAUAUACAUUUAAAACUCUACCAUUUUGAGACCGUUCCGAAUUGGUAUUUUUAAAAACAGUAAUCAUUACUUUCCUUCGAAAAAAAACCCUUCCUCUUCCGUGUUUUUUCAGUCGCUUUCAGGUGUUGUUAUGGCAACAGAUUUACGUCCCGUGCGGAUCAAACGCUUCCAGCAGCUGUAGAUCCGAGUUAAUUAGCCAACAACUGAAAACCUUACUGCUGCCAUGGCACAUUACAGGGCAAUAGAGUCGAAACGAGACCAAUUCAGACGAUAUCUUGAGAAGUCUGGAGUCCUUGCAACUUUAACCAGCGUUUUAGUGGCGCUCUAUGAAGAGAACGACAAGCCCAACAAUGCACUGGACUUUAUAAAACUUCACCUGGGAGCUGCUGGUCUAGAGCCAGCGGACACAGAGGCUCUUCGCAUGGAGGUGGCUGAUCUGCAGCAAAAGUGCAAUCUGCUCAUGGAAGAGAACAAGGAGCUGAGGAACAGGCUGAUGCAGUACGAACCAUCACCCGAGGAGGGGGCGGGAGAGUAGAUCUUUUCUUGUUCUUUUUUUUUUAAUUGUUUUAAGUUAAAAAGAAAAAAAAGCAUGUAUGUAAAUGUUUAUUACAUAAUAACAGAUGUACAGUGAGAAAUCACUUAACUUUUGUUACAAAACAAGAAACAUUUGCUUUCUCAAAUAAAUUUUUUUUC